AUGUGUGGUCUACCAGUCAUGAAACGAAUUCUUCUGUUUUUUAUCCUGGCUGCUGCUGUUAUGUAUGGUAUACUGCAUGGAAAUCUGUGGAGAAAUAACCUCUACUGGAUUAGCUUUUAUGGACAGAAUUCCGCUGUGAGGGCUUCUCCUUCCUAUGAGACUAGUGGAGUUACCCAGCUGCCACCUACGGCUGCGGAAAGAAGAAACACUCUGGACACCUGUCUCCUGAAACCAGCAUUUGAAUCUUUGCUGGGUGCUGACAAAAUAUACCCGUUCCUGUGUGCUAAUGACUUUAUCAGAGUGGCGGAGUUCCACGGGAGCGAUAAGUUUGAGUUACCUUACGGAAUAAAGAGAGCAGAGCAAUUUUUUCGUUUAGCCCUUUCAAGAGUGCAGAACUGUGGGCUUUCCAAUGAAGGUGACAGCAUUGCCUGUCGACGGUGUGUUGUGGUCGGUAAUGGAGGAGUACUUCGAAAUAAGACAUUAGGGGAGAAAAUUGACUCAUACGAUGUGAUAAUAAGAAUGAAUAAUGGCCCUGUUAUAGGGUACGAAGAGGAUGUUGGGAGGAGGACGACUUUCCGCCUUUCUUACCCGGAAUCCAUCUUCUCGGAUCCAAUCCACUAUGACCCUAAUACAACUGUUGUUCUCAUCGUCUUCAAACCACGUGACUUGAAGUGGCUUUGGGAGAUACUAGGUGGCCAGAAAAUAAGUGCUAAAGGCUUUUGGAAGAAACCAGCCCUGAACAUGAUAUACAAAUCUAGUCAAAUCAGGAUUCUUGACCCCAGCAUCACCAGAAAAACAGCUUAUGAAUGGCUUCAUUUCCCAACAAGGUUUCCCAAAAAGGAGAAACCCAAGCAUCCAACAACGGGACUAAUUGCCAUUACACUAGCAUUUCAUAUAUGCCAUGAAGUCCACCUGGCAGGCUUCAAGUACGACUUCACUGACAGAAACAGUUCUUUGCACUACUAUGGCAACGACACAAUGUCUCAGAUGAUGCAGAAUGAAUACCACAACAUCAACGCUGAGCAGAAAUUUUUGAAGAAGCUUAUAGACAAGAACUUUGUGGUCAAUUUGACGUGAAAGCUGAAUGGAAAAUACAAAGAACAAUUGCUAUUUUCAAGAAUUGAAAAAAUUUUAUUUUUUGUAUGACAUUUUUAUUUUUUAAGUGCAGCAUAACUGUUUACUGUUUAAAAGGAGUACAGAAACCUCACCAAGGCAGAAGCUUCUUCUAAGCCUGAUGGUAAUGGACUGUCAAUGCAAAGAGAGUUAACUGAAUUUCUGUGAAGCUAUUUAAUAAUGGGAAAAGCAUGAAACUUUCAGCUGAAAAUAUCAGGGAUAUAUAAAAAUGUGAUGCACAUCACUUAUUUAUCAGCAAGAACUCUUUCCAAGUGAUUACUUCUCUGGAAUACUUCUGUUUUUGAUGUUUCCCUCCAAAAGAGUUACACUGUCAAAAGACUUGAGACAACCAGUGUUUAAUUAGUAGAUGGAUGGAAAGUCUUAAAUGUCUGUCUUGUAGUACGAAAAUGGCUUUAAAACGAUGCCUAUAAAUUGUUGCUGUGUGUUUGGGAGAAGGGGGAACAUACAGAGCGUACAGGUUUCGGUCUGCCCUACUCCAGAGGAGGGAACGUCCGUCUUCAGCGA